GCUCUCACCAAGUGGCACAGGAAGGAAACCUGGGCCUCCAGGUCGGCAGGGCCUGCCAUGCUGCUGAGGCCGCUAAGGGGCUGGGCCGCCCGGGCGCUGCGCAGCGUAGGACCUGGGAUCCCCGGGAUCCCCGAGAUGCCCGCCUCGGGUUCCCGGGGGGCACAGCGGCGGGCCUGGCUCCUGGAUAAAGAUAGAGAACGGGAAAAAGAGAAAAAAUCAGUGAUCUGUGUCGAGGGCAAUAUUGCAAGUGGGAAGACGACAUGCCUAGAGUUCUUCUCCAACAAUCCAGAUGUUGAGGUAUUAACGGAGCCUGUGCUCAAGUGGAGAAAUGUCCGUGGCCAUAACCCUCUGGGUCUGAUGUACCGCGAUGCCUGUCGAUGGGGCCUCACACUGCAGACGUAUGUGCAGCUCACCAUGCUAGACCAACACACUCGUCCUCAGACGUCACCUGUACGGUUGAUGGAGAGGUCGAUUCACAGUGCAAGAUACAUUUUUGUAGAAAACCUGUAUAGAAGCGGGAAGAUGCCCGAAGUGGACUACGUCAUUCUGUCGGAAUGGUUUGACUGGAUUGUGCAAAACAUCGACCUGUCCAUUCACUUGAUAGUUUAUCUCCAGACCACCCCUGAGACUUGUUACCAGAGGUUGAAGAGAAGAUGCAGGGAGGAAGAGAAGGUCAUUCCACUGGAGUACCUGGGUGCUAUUCACCACCUCUACGAGGAGUGGCUGAUAAAAGGAAACCUGUUCCCUGUGCCAGCCCCUGUUCUGGUGAUUGAGGCUGACCACCACAUGGAGAAAAUGUUAGAACUCUUUGAAGAAAACCGGGACCAGAUAUUAACGCCAGAGUAUCGGAAGCAUGGCCCAUAGGACGGGAAAGGUCUAGAGAUCAUGCUGGAAAAAUGACUGCAGCUGCCAAGUUAGCCAUUGGGAACAAUUUGGAAAAAUCCACUCUUCGGAGGGCUUUUUCUCUGGCCAGAUUUAUUUCCCUAAUUGCCUUUCCUCCUUUGCCAGCGUCUUCAUCAUGGGUAAAUGACAAAUGGGACCAAUGGGAUGGUUGUGCUCUUGGUGUUUGCAGCCUUUUAUUCCCCCUGGCACUUCUCCUAGCGGCUUCUCACCAUUGGGUCCCUCUAAUGAAUCCAUUAGGAAAGGGCACCCUUUGGGUGCCCGACAUCACUCUGCGCUCCAUAUACAAAUCACCUCACUCUUCGGACCACUCAGGAGGAUGAGGUAGUAGUCUUAUAUCCAGGUGAGAAAUCUGAAGUUCAGAGAGGUUAAGGGACUCCCGGGGUCAUGCAGCCCCUGUGCAGUUCAGCUGGCACCAUUCAGACUUUGGACCAACUCCAGAACUUUUCCCCCAUGUAGCAUCCCCCUGUGGGCUGUCCCCCUACCCUGCCUUUUCCUGUAGAUGCCAUCUGUGUUUGUGGGAAGAGCUGGCAGUGUGUGGAGCCAGUAUCUUUUCUCAAUACCGAGCAAUUCUCAAGGACAAUAAGCAUUUCUAGACUUCACCAAAAUUGUACUGUCUGGCUAGAGUCCAGUAUUCAGUGUUUCCCAGCGUGAGGCCGCUACAGCGUCUAUCACUUUGUCAUCUGGACGUUGACAACCUCAGGAGAAUCACACAUUGGCUCCUGAAUGUUGCUCAGUCUCCUUGGUGAUGGAGGGUCUGCUUGAACUGCUGCUAGUUCCAUGUCAGGGGAGUAGCUGGUGGUGCCUGGCUCGUUUGCUUGGCACUAUGCUGGGGAGGGGCAGCCAGCCCUGGCUUCUAGGGCUCCCUUAUUCCCUUACAUUCUUGCUGAGGAGCUUUACUCUUGGAAUUACUUCAGGUUUUUGGCCCAGAGGGAGAGACACAAAUGGCCUUAAGUCUUUUUGAAAUGUUUUUCCAUCUAAGGGGACGUCUCAGGCAUAAAGCAUGAAACCAUCUUUAUUGGUUCAGAAAAUAUCUGCUUUGCUCAGCUGUCUCCUGAAUCAAGUAGGAAGCAAGAGAAAGGAAGAACAUUCCCUUUGGGAACAGUGUGGACAGGAAAGUCGAGGUUUGCAAGCAAAGGCUCUUAAAGCUUUGCCAGUUUAGAGGUGGGCAGAGAGAGCGUCAGGAAGACUGGCUGCAAACCCAGGGAGGGAUUUAUGGUGAGCUCCGGAGAAACAGGAUAAGGCCUCUCACAGUAGUACUUAACUGUGAAUGAAGGUGCCAAGGCCACUCCCAAGGUUCUGGGUGUGAGCACCUGUGCAUGCAAUGCCCUGACUUUUAACAGGUGCCAGGGGCCCUGAUGGGCCAGUCCCAGAGAGCCUGCUGACAGGUUAUGGGCCCUAGCUCCUGGCCUCUCCUGUUCAGACCAAUUCUUAGGCCAUGUAGGCAGGAGAAGGGGCAGUGGUCAA